GACGGCUCCAGGCUGCCAUGGGCGUGCAGUGACCGGCUGCUCAGGGCGGACUUCCUUGGCGGCGCGGCGCUCGCACCGAGCUCCCUGGCUGGUGGUGCGUCUCGUCGGUCACCAUGAAAGACGACUUUGCAGAGGAGGAGGAGGUGCAGUCCUUCGGUUACAAGAGGUUUGGUAUUCAGGAAGGAACACAGUGUACCAAAUGUAAAAAUAACUGGGCACUGAAGUUUUCGAUCAUAUUACUAUAUGUUUUAUGUGCCUUGCUAACAAUCACAGUAGCCAUUUUGGGAUACAAAGUUGUAGAGAAAAUGGACAAUGUCACAGGUGGCAUGGAGACAUCUCGCCAAACCUAUGAUGAUAAACUCACAGCAGUGGAAAGCGACCUGAAAAAAUUAGGGGACCAAACUGGGAAGAAAGCGAUAAGCACCAACUCAGAACUUUCCACCUUCAGAUCAGACAUUCUGGAUCUACGUCAACAACUUCGUGAGAUCACAGAAAAAACCAGCAAGAACAAAGAUACAUUGGAGAAGUUACAGGCAAGUGGGGAGGCACUGGUGGACAGGCAGAGUCAACUAAAAGAAACCUUGGAGAAUAACUCCUUCCUCAUCACCACUGUAAACAAAACCCUGCAGGCAUAUAAUGGCUAUGUCACUAAUCUGCAACAAGAUACCAGUGUGCUCCAAGGCAAUCUACAGAACCAAAUGUAUUCUCAUAACGUGGUCAUUAUGAACCUCAACAACCUGAACCUGACCCAGGUACAGCAGAGGAACCUAAUCACUAAUCUGCAGCGGUCUGUGGAUGACACCAGCCAGGCUAUCCAGCGAAUCAAGAACGACUUCCAAAAUCUGCAGCAGGUUUUCCUUCAAGCCAAGAAGGACACUGAUUGGUUGAAGGAGAAAGUGCAAAGCUUGCAGACUCUGGCUGCCAACAAUUCUGCCUUGGCCAAAGCCAACAAUGACACCCUGGAGGACAUGAACAGCCAGCUCAGCUCAUUCACAGGUCAGAUGGACAACAUCACCAUUGUCUCACAAGCCAACGAGCAGAACCUGAAAGACCUGCAGGACUUACACAAGGAUGCGGAGAACAGGACAACCAUAAAGUUCAGCCAACUGGAGGAGCGCUUCCAGCUCUUCGAAACGGAUAUUGUGAACAUUAUUAGCAACAUCAGUUACACAGCCCACCACCUGCGGACGCUGACCAGCAACCUGAAUGAAGUCAGGACCACUUGCACGGAUACCCUAACCAAACACACGGAUGAUCUGACCUCCUUGAAUAAUACAUUGGCCAACAUCCGUUUGGAUUCUGUUUCUCUCAGGAUGCAACAAGAUAUGAUGAGGUCAAGGUUAGACACUGAAGUGGCCAACUUAUCAGUAAUUAUGGAAGAAAUGAAGUUGGUGGACUCCAAGCAUGGUCAGCUCAUCAAGAAUUUUACAAUACUACAAGGUCCUCCUGGCCCCAGGGGUCCCAAAGGUGACAGAGGAUCCCAGGGACCCCCUGGCCCAACUGGCAACAAAGGACAGAAAGGAGAGAAGGGGGAGCCUGGUCCGCCAGGCCCAGCUGGCGAGAGAGGCCCAGUCGGACCUGCCGGCCCCCCUGGAGAGCGCGGCGGGAAAGGCUCCAAGGGCUCACAGGGCCCCAAAGGGUCCCGCGGGUCCCCCGGGAAGCCCGGCCCCCAGGGCCCCAGUGGGGAUCCAGGCCCCCCAGGCCCACCAGGCAAGGACGGACUCCCUGGCCCCCAGGGCCCUCCUGGUUUCCAGGGCCUGCAGGGCACCGUGGGGGAGCCUGGGGUGCCUGGACCCAGAGGACUGCCAGGCUUGCCGGGGGUGCCUGGUCUGCCCGGCCCUAAAGGUCCCCCUGGCCCUCCAGGCCCAGCAGGUGCAGCCGUGCCCCUGGCCCUGCAGAACGAGCCAACCUCGGCACCAGAAGCCAAUGGUUGCCUUCCUCACUGGAAGAACUUCACAGACAAAUGCUACUACUUUUCGGUUGAGAAAGAAAUUUUUGAUGAUGCCAAACUUUUUUGUGAAGACAAGUCUUCGCAUCUCGUCUACAUAAACACGAGAGAGGAACAGCAAUGGAUAAAAAAGCAGAUAGUGGGGAAAGAUAGCCACUGGAUUGGCCUCACGGACUCAGAGCAUGAAAAUGACUGGAAGUGGCUAGACGGGACGUCUCCAGAGUAUAAAAAUUGGAAAGCUGGACAGCCAGAUAACUGGGGCCAUGGUCAUGGGCCAGGAGAAGACUGUGCUGGGUUGAUUUAUGCUGGGCAGUGGAACGAUUUCCAGUGUGAAGACAUCAAUAACUUCAUUUGCGAAAGAGUCAGGGAGACAGUGCUACCAUCUGCAUUAUAAUGGGCUGCAAUGUAGUAACAUGAGCAAAAUUUUGAGCGACUUCCAAAGGCAGAGGAUACUCCUUUCCCACCAAAUUGAAGAAAAGCACUGAAAACCAAUUACCAAAAACAUUGACAGCAGUGUCUCUUAACACCCACCAUUACCCAAGGACUUGGGAACGAAAGUGUUCUCCCAGUGUGAUAUGUUGAUUUUCAGUGUACAGAUGGACUGAAUCACAUAGAUUUUCCUCAUCCAGUAACCAUACAAUUCUGCAAGUUAUACCUUCCGAUGUAUGGAAUGCUCCAAUCUGAAAAAGACUAUCAUUGGUUGUUGAGCUAUAGGAAGAACCUUCCAUUUCUAAAAAUCCCAAAUGUAGGAAAAAUAUACAGACAUACAGAUAUAUAGGCCAACUCUUAGUAACAAUAUGAAAUAUACUUAAAGAGCUUUUAAAACUUUGUAUUUUUGUACAAAAUAUUUUCCUUUUAUAAUUUUUCCCUUUUUUCGCCAUUUUACCUAUAUAAUAGUGGAGCCAAAGAAAACAAUCAUGGUACUAAUAAAUAGGGUUUCUUAUCAGAUUUAGUUCUACCCAAUGGCAAAGAAUUUUUUCAGUUGUGGUUUAAAAAAUUAAAUAUAUUUGUGUGUGUGUGUAUAUAUAUAUAUUUUAAUGUAUCAUUUCCUCAGAGGAUUCAAUCACUUGAACUGUCUAGAAAUAUCUCUGCAGAUUUUGCCAGUGUAGGUCAAGCCUGAGCGCCCACAUGGCUCAGCCAAAUGGGCAUUGAGCCUCCAUCAUUAACCAGGGCUCUCAACUUGUACCUGGCCAGGCCCAGAGAGUGGUCAAGUCAGGGAUGUGCUUUUAUUUCAUUUUGGUGGAGUCAGGGGUGGUAGGGAGGUGUCUAUUGGGAAGAGCAGAGCACCUGAAUCUGGCUACCUAGAAGGAUCUGUUUUAUGGCUGAGGUCUGAACUUACUUGGUGUCAGGCCCAUGCCAGAGCUGACAUCAACUGUCAGGAAAGUAUGGUAUCGCACCAGCCAAAGGCAGAGGCGUUAGAAAGACGGGAAACAGCCAUGUGCUAGCCGGAAAGCUUGUGUUUUCUUAAGUCAGGUUUCAAAAACCAAAUUCCAAGGCACACAUGUUAUGAAAUGCAAGAAUAAAUUUUGGCCACUAUAUUGGACUCUUACAAAGAACCUUCCCUUGGAGCCCAUCUUCCUCCCACUCCUUGACUUGCCAUUGAAAAAUCUAAAGUGAAAUGUUCUGAAAAUAGACCUUGGAUGUAACUGAUGUUCAAAGGUAAGAUUUCCAUCCGACAGAUUCCUUCUCCUCCCCUCCCAAGGAGCUCCCCAGGCAGUGCUGCUACCUAUCUCAGAUACAACAGUAAAAGAAUAAAGAGUUUGCCUUUCA